AUGGCAGGGAAGAAAGCACCGACCGGGCUCGAGACUGAAGAAGCAAGGCGGGAGCCAUAUUUAGAGAGGCGGAAACACUACGGGGGAUGGGAAGAUAAGGAUAUUGCUCAAGGAAGAGACCACCAUCGAGGCCAAGGGGUUCAUCCUGGUAGUCCCCCUGCUAAGCGCAAUCGGACGUGGUCGCUCUGGGUGGCGGCAGCUGCAGUGUUUGCUCUGCUAGCCGCUAAGCUCUGCACUUCAGGCACGUCAUCAAAAUCGGUAAAAAAACGUGAGAAGGGAGGGUUUGGGCUGGAUGGAGACCAAAGUUUUGAUGAGGACAUGGAAGAUGACUUAUGGAAUGGAGAUGCAGAGGUGAAAGCGGUCGUCUCAUUCGCGCCAUUUAUGGCAGGUGAUCCUCUUUUCUUCGAGGGGGCCGCCAAUUUGAGACCACAAACAGUCCCGUUCUCUCAUGUACAUUCGGAGGACUUCUCACUCGAUAGCACCGGCAUUCCAAAGGCAUGGGCCGCCUAUCUGCAGGGGAAGAGCCCGGAGGAAAGUGCUCCGCAGGAACAGGAACCUUCACAGGGCCCGGUAGAUCUAGAUUGGUUGUUGGGAUAUUCAUCUUCCGGAAGUGUGGCGGAGGGUGUUCAGCCAGGGCGGCUGUGCAUUAAAUCGGGGGACGCGAUAAAGGUAGCACGAGAAGUUUCCGACAGGUACUUUGGCACAGCUCCUGUGGAGGAGCCCAAAAAGUCGCCAGAAGCCGCAGCGACUCGUCUCUUCAGUCGUUUAAUAGGAAAGGUAGGCAGCGGCUUGGUGACUGUUGUGACAGGGGCUAGUCGCUUGUCGAAUAUGAAAUUCGAUGCGCAUUCCAGGAAUCUUCGAUCCGAGUUGGCCCUUAUUGAACUGGGCAAUGAUGUGGAGAGGCUCAAAGAACGCCAAAACGACGCUCUUAAGGAGAUGGAGCAGGCUCGGGCCAAACUGGCGGCUGGAGAUGAAAGUGGAAAGGCUCAACUCGAGGAUGCAAUGGAGACCUACUUGUCCUUGUUAAGAUGUGAAAAGGAUUUAAUGUCAACGCUGGUGCAGCUAUCAUUUCGCUGGACAGAAGAAACGAAUAAAGUUCUCGCGAAUGUUGCCUCGAUUGUCACUUCGUCGGCCAUGGAUGGCAUUGAAGAAAUCGCCCAACUUGAAGCAUCAUUAUUUAACAUCCCCAAGAUGGGCAAGAAAGUAUUCGGGCUGUCCGACGUGUUGCAAAAGGAAGCCCGCAGUAAGAACCGGUGCCGUCUUGUUGAAGGCGUGGCGGGGCAGCGCAUGAAAGACAUCGAUGCUCUUUGCUCCAACGUUGGCAAGAUGCCCGCUGAUGAGUUCUCCAGACUUAUGCAACAGCAGAGUGAGGGGCUCGCUAGUAAAAGAGCAGAUUUCCGGUCGGUCCUCGUGAAGAAGAAACAGGAUCCGUGGGUAGCGGACGUUAUCUGA